CGACAAUAGAUUUCGACGAGUCGGAGUAGUUGCAGUUUGCAGAAAACGAGCGGACAAAAAAAGUGCUUUCGUUUUGUCGAGUGCCCGAACGAUCUUGCCGCGAAGAGAAACGAGCGAAAAAGCUGCGAGACUUUUUGGCUUUUCCUUUUUUCCGAUUUGCACUUCUUGUAAGUAGCCGCAGGCACCCUUACAGGAGUAGGAGUUGCAUUCUCAUUCUCUUAAGCACGAUGAAGCCAAAUUGAGAAGAACAAAAACCGCUGUAUACAACAAUGGGUGCUCCCUCGGAAAAUUAUCAGGGCGAAGCCGCCAAGCGCUUCGACCCAACCUCGACCUCGUCCCCAGUAGUGGAUCUCUCGCAAGGCAACUGGGUCGGUUGUGUACGUGCCCCGGGCGGAAGGCUGGAAUCCGUGCGGAUUUGGGAAGGGAACGAGUUGUCCAAGACGGGCAUUGUCGAGAAGAUCUGCCUCAGCUCCAAUAAACCCACAAGCGAAAAUCCGCUCCAAGACGUUUCUGCGAAAUUCGAACCCAACAAUACAAACCACAUCACCGGCGCUGACAAAAAACCUCCGAGUGCUGGUGACACCGGUCAAAAGUUUCCCCACGAACUGGACCCGGCGGGGAAAAUCGGCGCCCGGGGCGAAUUCUUUUUGCAGCAGCACAAGCGAGGAAGGCUUUCGAGCGCCGGUAUCAACCGUAAAAAUGUCUGGGUCAGGAAGAAUGCAAGAUUUGUGAUGCAGGUUUUCCAUGACCCAUGAGGUCUGGAAUGCGAGACCCAGCAUGACAGAUUAUUCGAGGUCUCUAUCAUGCCUUUCCUGCAUGAGAAACUCCCUCUCAACUUGGUCAAAAGUGGACAGCUUUUGGCACUCACGCAACACAGAUUUUUGCAUCAUUCAGAUUUAGCAUGACAAGUUCCAACCUUCCAGACCCAGAUGACGCUUUUGCAUUUCAUAGCCGGUCAUCAAGCGCAAAAGACCCAACAAAGCCAUCCGCUCGACCACAAGGCCCCGGCCGGCGCGAGCUUGCGGGACUUCGUGAAAGCGAAGCGGAAAUGGGUGCAGGAUGUGUACAACGAAUACGGACUUGAAAAUGAGGAAAACGACAUUUACCGUGCAGCCGGGUUUGCUGCUUUACCCGAAUCUGGGGCGCGCAAGACAAGAGUUGACGCACCAGACCCAGAUUUCGAGCACUCCGUCGCGAAAAGCUUAAUGGAGCAGAAGCAGAUCUCUGCCGGAGCGAGUCGAAAGCUCGAGCCGUUUCAGCAGACAGAACCGACGUUACUGGAGCAGAAACGGCCACGACAGGUGCACCUGCAUGCGGAUCGAAAAAACCGCGGAUCUUCAGCCGGGUUGUACUACAGCGGAACGAAAAAUGCUGUAACGCAGGGAGAUGAAGCGGAAAUCUCUGCGACAGCUAGCUCGGAGUUCUCGAGAACGAACAGUCGGACGAGUGCAACUGCUACUUCAUCGGCGAAUCACGACGGCGGUACUAGAAGCGCCAUGAUGCGGAGAAAUCAGUCGGACCAAGUAAGCGCGGCUCUUAACCUUUCGGCUGCGGAUCAGGUUGCUCGCACCACUCCAGCGGUGACAAAGCGACCUACUUCUUCUAAACAGCUCCCCGCACAGGAGUUCUCUGCCGAUUUGAAGCCGCUGUCUUCGAGCGUCACUGGAAAAAACAAAAUCGCCACCGAUGUGACCAAAUCCAGCGUCGCGCCAUUCCUUAGUCGUACAUUCGAUGUGAAUCAGAACGAAAUCAAAUACGGCCCCAAAUCGCAGCAUGGCGUAGGGGUAGGCGAAGGUUCAAAAACUGCCAGAAGAGGAAGGUCCGAUGAAGAGAAAGAAAACCUUCUGCCGCAGCGGCAAGAAGAGAACACAUUUGAGGGGACGCUGUCAGACGGAAGCUGCCUGUGUGUGCGUAAGUGGGUUCCUACUGCAGAGGAAAAAGCUUUGAUAAAAGCAGGGGCGGCACGAGGGGGAAAAGAUCCAAGAAGUGCUCUGAGAUGAAAGAGAUGACAGUCAUCGUACUAGAAGUUCUAGGGCGAUACAUUGUGCGACAAUUAAUUGUGAAAAAAAUGACUUAUCCAUCCUUCGAGCGACUUGGUUGUAGCUACGUCAAACUAAU